AUGUCUUCUAGGGUGCACGAGAAGACAGACGACGGUUCGAUCACAUUCGACCAAGGCCACUCGUUCGACGUCAAGGAUGAAAAAUCGGCGGAGGUGCGCGUGGCGGUGGCGGGGAAGACGGCCAUGGGCAUGCGCAAGGUGCUGGGUUCGAUCAAGCCGCUGCGCGUGUGUGACCUGCUCGAAACUGACCCCGACCGCACACUGGAGCCCGAGUGGUACGAGAUCGUGGCCAAGGAGGGGAAGAAAUCGUCUGAAGGGAAGCAGCACCCCAAUGCUCCCCUUCCUCCCCCGCCUGCCUUCCCUCCUGCCCUGUACUUCCUUCCCCCUCUCGUCCUCCCCCUUCUCUUCCUUCCCCCUCUCUUGCCCUGUGCUGCUACGCGGUGGCAGCGCGAGCCCCCCUCCACAGCAGUUUUUUUUAGUCGACUCAAACCUUCCCCCCUACUCCCAACCUCCCCUCCUCCCACAGGUGCUGCUGCACGUGGUGGCAGCGCGGGCGCCGCCACAGCAGCCCAUCAAGCUUACAGAAUGAGAUGUGCUGCUGCACGUGGUGGCAGCGCGGGCGCCGCCACAGCAGCCCAUCAAGCUGUUUAUCGGGUCCCUGACGACCUCUCUCCCUGGCUCCCCAAGGGCACAGAUCACGAGCUCAUUGCCAUCGGCUCGCAGGAGUGCGAGUAUCAGCCUCGUCCUGGCUAUGCCACCUGCAUGGAAGACUGGGUCGCUGCUAUAAAAGCACACUUCGCUCCGCACUACAAGAUGGUGAAGGGCACCACACGUGGCCAGAUGCGACUCGUGGUGCUGGUGCUGGAAACCUCACAGAAAGCCAUCACUGAUGUUACAGCCACAAGCGAGGCUACUGGUAUCGGCCAUGUGAUUGCCAACAAGGGUGCUGUCAGCGUCUCGCUCAAGUUCUGGGACACGUCCUUCUGCUUCGUCAACUCACACCUGGCAGCACAUGAGGGGCACUGCAUGACUCGCAACGACAACUACCGGGAGGUCAUGCGCAACAUGCACCCAGGCCUCUCCAGCAUCGACCUCCUCUCGCAGUUCCACUCAACUAUCUUCCAUCAAACCUACCUAUCUCUCUCCCCAUUGCCCAAUCUCUCCAUUCCAUUCACAGAGCUGCAACGGGAGAUCAGGGAAGGCCGGUCGUUCUACAAGUUCUGCGAAGCGCCCAUCGCAUUUGCUCCCACAUUCAAGGUGCUAAGGGACGAGCUACAGCAGUACAACCCCAAGCGUCUGCCUGCAUGGUGCGACCGGGUGCUCUGGCGGUCGCUGCCUGGCUGCAAACUCACCUGCACCAGAUACACCUCCGCGCCCACCAUUCUCACUGGCGAUCACAAACCCGUGCUGGCAGAGUUUGACAUCACCACAUACGCCCUCCCAGUGACCAUGGAUCCCUCAGAGGAUGCCGUGCAGCUGCUGCAGCUGAGCAAGGGGCACAGCGAUAAGGACGACAUGCGCUGGCACCUGCAUAUAUUGGAACUGAGGGGGCACAACCUGCUCCCAGCAGACGCCAACGGCUUGUCUGACCCCUACAUCCGUUUUGUAGGCCCCAACCUCUUCAAGUCUUUCCAGACCAAGAAGUGCUACAAGACACUCAACCCUGUGUGGGGCGCUGAUGAUGUACCUGCUAUAGUGUUGGAGCACCAGUCACUGCAUUACUACGAGAAGGACUAUCUACUAGCAGCUGUGUUCGAUUAUGAUAAGACAAACAAAGACGACCCUAUAGGAUACGCUGCAAUCCCAUUGGCUGAUCUUGUGAAGGCCACGUGGGAGCAGUCCUCUCAGCCAGUCAGCUUCCGGGUAGAGGUGACCUAUAAGGGCCUGCCAGCUGGCGAGCUGGAGGGCAGCUUCCGUCUUUUCUGGGCGGUGAACAAGCUCAGCGAGGGCAAGUGUGCGCAGAUGUAA